UAAAGGAAUGUCAAUGGUGCAAAGUGCACAAAGCGCGACCGUUCAUUCCCAAAAUGGCACCUUUGCCGAGACAACGAAUGGCCCUGGGAGUAGAGCCAUUUUCAUACGUUGGAUUAGACUAUUUUGGUCCACUAGAAGUUUCUGUUGGAAGACGACGAGAAAAGCGUUGGGUGGCCUUGUUUACAUGCAUGACAACUCGUGCCGUGCAUCUGGAGGUGGCUCAUACUUUGAAUACGGAAUCGUGUAAAAUGGCUAUCCGAAGGUUUGUGAAGAGGAGGAGAAGUCCGCUUGAAAUAUUUUCCGAUAACGGAACGAAUUUCGUUGGAGCCAGUAGAGAACUAGCCGCUGCGAUCCGAAAGAUCAAUGGAGACUGUGCCGACACUUUCACAUGCUCAAAAACUAAGUGGACCUUCAAUCCACCAGCAGCACCACAUAUGGGUGGAGUAUGGGAGCGGAUGGUUCGAUCGGUAAAGGUAGCCUUGAACACAAUCGUAGACGGAGGAAAACUCACGGAUGAGAUUCUAUCUACUGCUUUAGUGGAAGCAGAGGAUUUGAUCAACUCCAGACCACUGACAUAUGUUUCGACAAAUGUCAAGGAUGACCUGGAAGCUCUUACGCCGAACCAUUUUUUGAAAGGUUGUGCCGCCGAAUGUCUUCCACCUCGGAGUCAAACAGAACAAGUGGACGCUUUACGAAGCAGAUACCAUCGCGCACAGCAACUGGCUGACAAGUUAUGGCAAAGGUGGCAGCAUGAAUAUUUUCCCAGUUUAAAUAAACGCACGAAAUGGUUUGAAGACGUCAGAGAAAUAGCUGUAGGAGAUCUAGUGUUCGUACAGGAAGAAAAUAAACACGAAAGAGGAAUCGUCACAGAGGUCAAAGUCGGUAUGGAUGGAAGAGUUCGCUCAGCAGUUGUGCAGGUGAACAAUAAAAAGAAGCUGCGACCAGUGUCAAAAUUGGCUGUACUCGAAGUUGAAAGUGGUAAACCCAGCAGAAAUUAACCGAUGGAAUAACUACUGGGCUUACGGGUGGGGGUAUGUUGUACGCAAAUUCGACCACUGUGCGUCAGAAAAACAUUGAUGACGGAUCGAUGAUGAUUGAUAAGAUAGGUGUAGAAUUGUGUACGGAAUAGGUAUAGAAUUGUGUACAGAAAUUUGUGUUAGUAAAAGUAUGAUGAAUGUUUACACCAUUUUGUUCUGUUAUGAAUUCGGUUUAGCUAGAAAGAGUUUGUGAUCAAAUUGAUUUGGAGUAAUUUGAGUGAUUACGGGCACUGCCGCUUAUCGGAAAGUUUUAGCGAAACUCUAGACUGGAUCUGUAAGUAAAAAAAGUAGAGAAAAGGAUCAAGUGCUAAUAGGAAGCUUUUAUUUAGAUCGAGUGCGAGUGCCGUUGAAUCGACAGGAAUUACUGAGCAAAUUGAUUGAGUCCAUGCGUACCGUUUAAUGUGCUGAAAGCCGUGUAUUGUGGAAAGAAGUUGGCCAGUCUGAUCUCACGUGACGUAAGUUUUUAGAUUUAGUUUAAAGCAUAGCCUAAUAAGAAAAUUAUUUAAUAGGACCUGAUAAAAAGCAGUCGUAGUAGCCAUCGAGGAAGUAAUCUUGUGUGAAGUAGGAAACUUUGAAUGUAAGCGACCAUGUGAUAUGUUUUUUUUUGUAUCUAAUUGUAAUUCAAUUAUAGCUUUGAGUCCUUUUGAAUCCAUCACUACAAAGACUUGUUUCCCUACCCUUGAGAAGUCCAAAUAACAACCACAGUUCUUAGAUGGGCGCUUAGUCCUGAAUAAAAUGUUCAUCAAAUUCUGCUUUAAGUACAAUUAAAAGUGACUUACGGUAAGUUCUCAAUGAGAUGUACUUGAAUGUUGUCGAGUCAAACGGUUUCCUUCAGUCAUCAACGGUACGUCUUCAGAUACAGUUGGUCACCACAAUACAAUUAGUCGACCAAUCAGUCGGAACGAUAAUUUGUCCUAUACGUCUCUCUAACACAAUUUUCACAAUCACAAUGGAAUUCUUGCACUAGCUCUUUUCGCUUUCUUUUAUAUUUCCAACGAACUAUUUCCAAAAUGGUACAUUCGCCAUUCUCUCAAAAACAACCUUUCUAAACAUGUCAGCGCCCAUGAACAUAAACAUCGCAAACAGCUGAUACAAUAUUUUUCUAGUGUUCCCUUUAUCUCAUUCUGUUUUCCGCUUGUCCCGCACGGUGGUCAAAAAGUG